CGUGUCAUAUGACUUGUGAGUGUUUCGUUCAUUCGUUUUUGCACAGCAGUUAUCCUGACUGAGUCGUAUACUCUAUUCAUUUUACAAUGACAACAAUGAUGCAAAAUCGACCUGUGGAUCUCAACGGCCCCGAGGCUGGUGCAAGACAACACGUUCAAGCAGUGACCAGAAACUACAUCUCUCAACCGAGGCUGACUUACUCCACUGUCUCUGGGGUCAACGGACCUCUGGUGAUCCUGGACAAUGUCAAGUUCCCCAGGUAUGCUGAGAUCGUCCACCUGACCUUGCCUGAUGGAACCAGGAGGAGUGGCCAGGUGCUGGAGGUGAUUGGGACCAAGGCUGUGGUCCAGGUGUUUGAGGGCACCUCUGGGAUUGACGCCAAGAAGACGGCAUGCGAGUUCACCGGUGACAUCCUCCGCACGCCCGUCUCUGAGGACAUGCUGGGGCGUGUGUUUAACGGCUCUGGGAAGCCCAUUGACCGCGGGCCCUCUGUCCUGGCUGAGGACUACCUGGACAUCAUGGGUCAGCCAAUCAACCCUCAGUGCCGUAUCUACCCGGAGGAGAUGAUCCAGACGGGCAUCUCGGCCAUCGACGGCAUGAACAGCAUCGCGCGUGGACAGAAGAUCCCAAUCUUCUCCGCCGCCGGCCUCCCCCACAACGAGAUUGCAGCCCAGAUUUGUCGGCAGGCUGGUCUGGUGCAGAAGUCCAAAGAUGUGAUGGACUACAGCGCCGAGAACUUCGCCAUUGUGUUCGCUGCUAUGGGGGUGAACAUGGAGACCGCUCGGUUCUUCAAGUCGGACUUUGAAGAGAACGGUUCCAUGGACAAUGUCUGUCUGUUCUUAAACCUGGCCAAUGACCCAACUAUUGAACGCAUCAUCACUCCGCGCCUGGCGCUGACCUCUGCGGAGUAUCUGGCCUACCAGUGUGAGAAGCACGUGCUGGUCAUCCUGACCGACAUGAGCUCCUACGCUGAGGCUCUGAGAGAGGUGUCUGCUGCCCGAGAGGAGGUGCCGGGUCGUCGUGGUUUCCCUGGUUACAUGUACACGGACUUGGCCACCAUCUACGAGAGGGCUGGACGCGUGGAGGGAAGAAACGGCUCCAUCACACAGAUCCCCAUCCUGACCAUGCCCAACGAUGACAUCACUCAUCCAAUCCCUGAUCUGACGGGUUACAUCACUGAGGGGCAGGUGUACGUGGAUCGCCAGCUCCACAACAGACAGAUCUACCCUCCCAUCAACGUGCUGCCGUCUCUGUCCCGUCUGAUGAAGUCGGCCAUCGGAGAGGGCAUGACGCGCAAGGACCACGCCGACGUCUCCAACCAGCUGUAUGCGUGCUAUGCCAUUGGGAAGGACGUGCAGGCCAUGAAGGCCGUGGUGGGAGAGGAGGCCUUGACCUCUGAUGACCUUCUGUACCUGGAGUUCCUGCAGAAGUUUGAGAAGAACUUUAUCGCUCAGGGUCCCUAUGACAACCGGACGGUGUUUGAGACGCUGGACAUCGGCUGGCAGCUGCUCCGUAUCUUCCCCAAGGAGAUGCUGAAGCGCAUCCCCCAGAGCACCCUGGCCGAGUUCUACCCCCGCGAGUCCGCCGCCCGCCACUAAAGCCCCCACUCUUACCCCCGGCCCAAGGCCUGCUUACUGCCCUCGGGGUGGAACAGAGGGAGGCGGGGACACACACACACACACACACACACACACACACACACAUAUACAGAGAAAUAUGCACAUACAUACUGAAUACAUUCAUUCAUUCAUACAAACACGAUUUUCUGACACACACACACACACACACACACACACACACACACACACGUGUCCCCUCUCCUCCAGUUUCAACCCGGAGAGGUUGAGUUUAGUUAGUUGUGUUGUGCUAUGUGUUGUGUGUGUGUGUGUGUGUGUGUGCGUGCGUGUGUGUAGAUGUGUGAAAGCCUGAUUGUGUGUGUGUGUGUGUGUGUGUGUACACAAGUUUUACCUGUUUCUGUGUGCAUCUGUCUGCAGUAUAUUUUGGCUGUUGUGCUGUCAUGUUUUUUGUUUGUUUCUCCAUUGCAGUGUAUAUUGAAUGUUGACAAAAGUAUGUUAAUAUUUAUGAGGGUGCCCCCAAUCGCUGUUGUGUGUACCCUGUCGUCAGCCCCACAUGAAGAUGGAAGUCCCCCACAUUUGAUCUUAAAGGGAACGUAGUGUCUCUCGCCCCCCCUCUCGCUCCCCAGCACUCUCUCUGGCUUUCAACUGGAGAUGCACCUCCCAUCUCUCAGCGGAACAGGAUGAGCUCUACAACGUGUUGUUUAUGUUGAGACGGGUCAUUGUGUAGUUUGAGAUGCACCUCCCUUCUCUCAGCGUAACAGGAUGAGCUCUACAACGUGUUGUUUAUGUUGAGAC